UGAGGCAUCUAAAUAUGAACAAAGCUGAGUUCUUCACAGGGAGUGUUCCAGGGUCGCACUUACCAAGGUUGUAUCGCAGUAUAAAACCUCCCAGAGCGCCGUGAGAGGGCAGUAGUCGUAGUUUGCCUCUUUGGUAGACCAUCACUUAUCAUGAACCGAAUAUUCGUCUUUGCUGUCUUUUUGGGGGCUGUUUUCGGCCAAGGCUACCAUGGGGAUCCCCAAACUGCGGCUAUCUUGAACGAACAGAGAUAUCUCAGUGGUGAUGGUAAAUUUGGGGCUCAGUACUCCCAGGAGGAUGGGGUCCAAUUCAAGGAAGAAAGUGACGCUGAUGGUACCCGUCGUGGGACUUAUUCCUACGUGGACCCCAAUGGUCAAAGACACACCGUGAGCUACACUGCUGGCAAACACGGCUUCCAAGCCACGGGGGAUGGAAUCCCUCAACCCUUACCCACGACAUUGCCUGUAGCCCCCCAACCCCAAUACCAGCCUCUUCCCCAGUACAACCCUCCGGAGUAUCGCGAUCAGUACCAACCCCAGUACAGACCCCAACCCCAAUACCAGCCUCAACCCCAACCCCAACAGUACCAACAGCCCCAAUAUACCCCCCAACAGUACCAACAGCCCCAAUACAGGCCACAACCACAACCCGUCUACACGACGACUCCAGCUCCACACAGAUUUUAUCCUCCUGGAAAACUAUCCCUUAAUAGGUCGCCAGAUGGCUUCAGUUAUAGUUUUCAGAAGGCUUAAAUAAUUAGGGAUCAUUGUCGCGUAGUUUUAGGUCCAUGUGUAUUAUAUUAUUCAUAAUAAAAUUUUUAUUUAAAUGUUAAA